GCGGAUGGAAAAAUAAAGGAAAUGCGGUCCCCUCUUUGACCAUUAGUAUUGCUGCUUUUUCAUGCUUUCAUUUCGUGUGAUUGAAAUACAUACCGCGGAACGUCAUCUCCAGGACUGAAAAAUAUCCUAAGAAUCAGUGUACAUACCCAGCGCUCGUCUGGUAGACAAUUUCAGAGUACCGACAAAAAAGCAUGUCUCAUAUCAUUGCCUCACGACUUGACCACAGCACUACUCUUUAAAAAAUGACUUCGACAAAGCGCCGGACCAAGAAGCCUAUGCUUCUUUCUCAUACUCGGCCACCAACAGUCAAAGCAAAGCAUGCAGCCCUGUCAUCAAAAGCAACGCGGAAUCUCAUUCGUUCUCAUCAUCAACUUCUUAAAUCUCGGGCUCAAGCGGUACAGUCCGGCGAUCAGGCUCUGGUCAACAAGAUUGACUCACAGAUCCAAACAAAUGGGGGUCUGGAAAGCUACCAGCUAGCCAGUAAACUUGGACAGUCAUCGGAGCGCGGGGGUGAUUCAAGUAAAGUUUUAAUUGAUUGGAUCAAUCCCCAGUUGUCACAAUUGAGAGACACGUCUGUCAGGCUAAGGGUCCUUGAGGUUGGCGCUCUCAGUACCAAAAAUGCGUGCUCUAUGAACAAAUCCUUGACUGUUACAAGGAUCGAUCUGAACUCCCAGGAGCCGGGGAUAUUGAAACAAGAUUUCAUGGAAAGGCCUCUUCCCUGCAAUGAUGACGAUCGAUUUCAUAUCAUCAGCCUCUCCUUAGUGCUGAACUUCGUCCCUAAUGCAACUGGGCGAGGGGAAAUGUUGAAGCGCUGUGUGACUUUCCUGACAAAUACACUUCCGCCUUGUUCACCCAUCUCUUUUACGCCCAGCUUAUUUUUGGUGUUGCCUGUUGCGUGCGUCACAAAUUCCCGGUAUCUCACGGAAAAUCGACUGCAGGAAGUUUUGUCUACCAUGGGGUUUGUCCUGGUCAAUCGAAAGGAAACUUCGAAAUUAAUCUUUCACCUUUGGGAACACAGUCAAAACUACAAACCUAGGCCAUUCAAGAAAGAAAUUUUGAAUCCCGGCAAAACUAGGAACAACUUUGCCAUUGUUGUCAAUGAUAAAUAAGCCUAUGCUAAGAACAAAUAGACGCUGACUAAAAGGAGCCUACCUCGCAGAAAUCAUGUCCUGCGGCAAAAAGGCCCAGGCAGUUCCAACAAUGGCUAUUAUCGAUGAUAAAACAAGGAUAAUCCAAUCGAGAAUGCGUUCACCCGAACUGAUUUUGCUCCCAAAAAUCUUUAAAUAGAAUGCCAGUGGCAAUAUUAUGCAGAUCGUGAUGCACAAAGCGGACCCCAUCAAUGCCAUGAUUCUAUCGAAAGAUGGAAAGACAAUUGCCAUCAACACAAUGACGACCACAACAAGAACACGGAUCAUUACCCUUGAUGAUUGGUGAACUGUUCCUUUCAGCCCUUGAGAGUGAUUUCCGAUCACCCCAGGACGCAGGCCAACUCCACAGAGGACCUCCACAGUGGCCACCAGAGGCCGGCAG